AUGAAUCAAGAUAAUCCUCUACUGUCUCAAUCGUCACAAUCAUCAAUUUCGAAACAGAACAAGCGUAGUAAUUUUCAAUUCACAUACGACUCAGAAAACUACUUGUUAUCACUAAUACAGAAAUACAAGGAGGAUAUAUUUACAAGAGGUAAUAGAAUUAAAACUUGGGAGACGGUAUUGUCUGAAUUCAACGAUAAAUACAAAGCCAAAAUUAUUCAAAGCCGAACAAUCAACCAUCGCUUUCAAAUGUUGAGAAAAAAUUUGGAAAAUAAGCUUAUGCAUGAAAAUCAACCUAUUCAACAAUUAAGCCUAAAUGAAAAUGAAAAGUUGCUAAUUGAUGUGAUGGAUUACAUGUACAAAAACAAUUACGCAUCAACAGAUCCAUUUUCGUUGAGUACGAGUGAUACGGCUGGUUUUUCGGCGACUAGACCAUCGGUAGAGUCUCAUGGUCUGGAUCAUUCCGAAAGAGGAGCUGUGGCUACUAGCUACAAAACAGGAGGGAGAAGCGGAUAUACAACAGGCACUUCAAUCAGUUCGGUAUCGUCUUCAAUGAUAACGCCAUCACAUCAGGGGAGCCAUGAUGCAAGUGAUUAUUCUAGUGCUGAAUUAUUAGCUAACAACCCACAAUCAGUUGAAAAUCAAAGUUUGAUUGGAGCUGGCCCGUUAUCGUAUUCCAAUAGAGUAAACCAAGCUCGAGACCCUUAUGUUUUGCUGCAUGAUGCUGCUGCCACUCACCAAUUGCAACAAAAUUUAUAUCGGCUGCAGCAAUUGUUUACACAAGAGCAGCCACUGAAUCUACCUACUCAUCAAAUAAACGAAGCAGCAGAUGACAUUCACACAGGACAAUCAUCGGUGAUGUUUGACAGUCCACAGCACAAUGUUCAUCAGAGUCUCCAUCAACAACCAAGUCUUCAUUCAGACUCAAUUGGAUCCAACUCCAGCUUUCCCCAGCAAAAUUUGUUUUCUCAAUCAGUUGAAGAAUCCUCCGAAUUCAAGACGCCGUAUUUUAAAGCUACAUCCACCAGUAACCCUUCAUCAGCUGCUUUUCCACAGCAGAGCUCCAAUCAACCACGUGUAAGAGCUAGACAUAUGUCUAUUGCAACACCACAAUUUGAGCAUACAACCUAUGAGCAAAGCCCGUACCCAGCUCAGCAAAACUUCCAACAACCUACACCACAGGAGAAACUGCAAUCUCAGUCAUACGAGGUGAAUGAGUCACAAACUCAAUGCCAUAGCUUAGCACAGUCCCAACAACUCCGAACGCUCAUGCAACAACAGGUUCAAACACAAAAUGCAACGCAAGUAAUACUCAAACAAAUAUUGGCACUACAGGCCCAGUACAAAUCUGAAAUAUCAUCCAUCAAAGAGGAAAUUAAAAACUUACGAGAGGAAACGACAGAGAAAAUUGAUCGAAUAUUGACUCAUUUAUACCACAAGGUACUACUGAAUGAACCCGGAACGACGACAUCUGGCUUAUCUAACCAACUGCUGGAAAACCGUACUAUUAAUCACGAUCUGUCACUGAACCAGCAGCAGCAACAACAACGACAGAACCAAGUACAAACGAAUCCACAAGCUAGUUCAAGCGAUGAAGAUAUGCUGUUUGAAAGGCCUCAACACUGA